AUGACGGGUCAUUUUGCUUGGCUGGUGGGGAAAUUAAGAAUGAAGCACAAGGUCACCCCGGCUGUCACUGGAGCUCCAGAAUUUCACAGAACAAUUAAUUUCCCACUUUGCCCGGUCAGCUCUGGACGCAGCAGGCUGCGGGGGCCAGCCUCCAGAAUCCGGGAGACCAGAGAAAACAUAACUAGAGUGGUUAACUAUGUGCAAUCCUCAUUUUUUAGUUUUUUAACUGUUUUUCCCUCCAUAUUAAUAUUUUCUUUCUUAGAAUUAGCUUCCUUUCUGGGUGUGUUGUAUGUUUUUGCCUGCUACAAGUACUUCCAUGGUUAUCAGUCUGUGAAAGGAAGGUUAACAGGGUUUUAUUUGAGUGUGAUAAUUCUGAUUUGCUUGAUAACCCUGGGUGAAGCUGGGACUGUCAGCAGCUUUCUGGAUGAAUACUUGGACUUCAGCAUAAUGGAGAAAGUCCAUAAAUUGCUCUGA